AUGAUAAAUUUACUUUGUCGUUUGUAACAAAGGUAUCAUAAUAUUAUGAUGAAUAGGAAAUUUAUAUAAAAUUUAAGGAAUGAAGACGAGGCACUCUUAGAUUAUAACAAAGCACUAGUUGCUAAUAAGUCUAAUUCUUAUUACAAUAGAAGUAAUAAAUAUAUUACUUUUAAUAGGAAAUCUUUUUGAAAAUUUGUUAAUGAACAAUAGACACUCCUAGAAUAUAAAAAGCCUAUGA